CACCGGAUUCAGUCGGCCGGCUAAAGGUUCAAUGAAAACUUCUCCAGCUCGUCCGCUCCGGUUUAUAUAGUGCGGCGCUUCGCUGUUUCCGCGCACAACGCACUCGAUAUCGCACUCGACACCGACCGCGUCCGUUCCGCGUACACGCACACGUCUGCCACUCGCACAAGCACACCGUUCUACCGACCCCCGGGGUUGUUGUCCGUCCGUCGACGAAAUCUCUCUCGUCCGACCAACAGUCCCUGGUGGCCAAAGAUCCCUCCGUCAGUCCCGUCCGUGUCGCCCCGCAGCCGCCGCAGCCAGCACACGUUCACGGACCGCGCGAACCGGUUGAAGCGCGCGUGGAAUGCGCCCGCGGCCCACCCGUGCACCGUAACGGUCCGCGACGGUUCGCGUCCAACCCGGUCUCGGCGCUGUCGGACGUUCGCGCGCAAAUGAAAUGCAACAACACAUAUUCGGACACGCUAGGUACGGUCUAUGCGGUUUCGGUCUGCUCAUCGUGUCGCUCGCGUUGCUCUACUUCGACCCGGUGGAGAUCAUCAAAUCAACGGAAUUGAAAUUUGUUGACAAAUCGUAUGCGUAUCAACUAUGGCAAAAACCUCCAGUCAAGGUAUACGUCAGCGUGUACAUAUUCAACGUGACCAACGCAGAUAGGUUCCUCGAGGGCGAAGAUGAAAAAUUGAACGUUCAAGAGAUAGGACCAUAUGUUUAUUGGGAGGAAUUGGAGAACACGAAUUGCACGUUCAACAGCAAUGACACGAUAACGUACAUUCCGAGAAGGAAACUUCACUUCGAACUCUCGUCGUCCGUCGGAGAUCCCGAAACGGACCGAAUCAUCAUCCCCAAUAUCCCCUUGCUGGGAUUCAGUUCGAUGCUCCGAAACUCGCCAAUGUUUGUCAACGUGGUGUUUAAUUCGUUGGUCGAAUACCAGGAUUCAAAACCGAUGCUCAAUUUGUCGGUAAAGGAAUUUCUGUGGGGAUACGAUGACAAUUUAGUGAAGAUGGCCAGCAAUGUGUUGCCCACGUGGAUCAACUUUGAUAAGUUUGGACUAUUAGAUCGGAUGUUAGACGAAGGGACUAACAUCAUCACGAUGGCUGUACCCACGGAACGUCAGAAAAAACGACCUUACACAAUAGAUCAGUUCAACGGGUCACCUAUGCUGCAUCAAUGGACCAAAAAUGACGAAUCCGCGGAUACACCUACAUUGGAAAAAGCGACAGAGGGGAUACUCUUCCCCAGACACUUGACACCGGAUAUGAAUUUCCCAAUCUACCGAAAAGCUUUUUGCCGAACCUUGCCGUUAACCUACGAUUCCACUGGGAAAAUGCCUGACGGGUAUCCGGUGUACUUGUACAAGUUCCAACCCGAAGUGUUUAAUUCUUCUUUGGAAGAUAACCACUAUUAUUGUCCAAAGGACGGAUGCUUGCCAUCGGGCUUAUCGGAUAUAUCACCGUGUUACUACAAUAUCCCCGUGGCAGUGUCGUUUCCACAUUUCUACGGCGGUGACCCGUCGCUGGUGGAGAACGUCAACGGGGUCGCACCGGACGCGGGCAAACACGAGUCCGAGGUCGCCGUACAACCGGAUCUCGGUAUACCGCUGGAAGUGAACAUCAAGAUCCAGUUGAAUUUAGUCGUAAAGGCCACCAGAUUCGUGAAUCGCGCCCAGAAGUUCAACGAUCUAACACUACCAAUAUGUUGGUUGCACUUGGAAGUGAAAAGUCUGCCGGAAUCGUUGAUCGCGCUGCUCUACUUAUGCUUCAACGUGGGGCCGGUGCUAGUGAAGGCGGUCGUCGCGUUAACGGCAGCUGUGGGAUUUUUCCUGGUCGGCUUGACCGUCCGACGGUUCGGCAAAAACCAACAGCAACAGCAGCAGCAGCAGCAGCAGCAGGCCAACGAACCCGUCAGGAUCGAGGAUUGCGACCACGAGGAUUACGGGGACGGAGACGUCGAGUCGGGCGGACUUAUCGCCAAGCGCGGAGCUGCGUCGUCGCACCUGCUGAUAACGAAGCAUCUGCUCGGCGACCAAUUGUACUUGCCGUUGCAGCACAUCGUUCCUACGUCGUCGGUCAUCGUCGAUUACGAGGACUACGCGCCAGAACACGCGAGAGGCCGAUGAUGAUCGAUUGUCAUACCGCAGUGCGUCUUGUACACUCGGCGGUCGAAGUGGGUCGGGACACGAGGGGACGUAUACGGCGUCCCUUCAAUUUUUACGUUUUCCAUCUUUCCGCGCACUCGUUUUGUCCAUAAUUCUCACACACACACACACACACACACACACAUAAUAUUAUUACGUAAGAGGAGAUAAUCAUUACCAGAACACUGCAACAAUGUGUCCCUCCGCUUGUCUCGAGUCACUUCGAUCAUCGAUUGUACCACCACGUACGAUCAAACGCACGCACAAGAGUGUGUGUUUAAUUUUUAGUAUUAUAUAUUAUUAUCAUAAACAUGUUAUACAAAAUAAGUUUUAGGCACGGGUAGCGUACUCGAUGUAGGACCCUAUACCGUUUCGGCGCACGUGUUAUAAUUGCCUCGUAGUCUCUUACGCUCGCACACCAUUCCGACGGGUUUAAAAUCAUUUCGAUACGACACGAAACCACUUGAGUGUUCUUUUGGAAAAAAAAAUACCAAUCAUUUGGCUCGAUUCGCAUUGCGACUCGAACUGUUCGAUUUGUGUUAUUUAUAUAUAUAUAUAUAUAUAUUACAUAGUGUGAUAUUUUGUAUUUGAAAAAGUGUUCCGUAUUCGUAGACCGCCAACAAGUGUACGGAACUAAUAAGAUUACUUCGUGGUGUAUCAUUCGGUUCCGAUAAUAACAUCGUGUGGAGGGGAGGGGGUGACAAACGUACUUGCGUACAUGAGUUUGAAACGAGGUCGAACGCGCAAUAGUCAAUCAAACAUCGUGGUACGUACUUACGCCCACAGGUAUAGAAUCUGAACGUAAACAGCGAUCAAAACGACCAUGCGUUAUUCACUGCCGCGUGUGAUGUAGGCAAUAACAGAUGGAUUUCCAACGCCACGUGCCCCAUAAGUAAAACAUACCAAUCUUCGCGAAUAAAGACGUUCCACCCCCUUCCCUCUUUCGCUACGGAUCGACCGCGGACUGUGGUAACGCACCCGAGCUCCUCGGUUCAUUCGCGCUGUCCUGCCACCCCCGAUCGCACCAUAGAUCCGUAUUCCACGUUUCAAUUAAUUACUCGUGGUUAACAACAUUAUUCAAGUGUCCCCGCACUGCGCUGCCACAGUGUUAUUUCCCUAAACGGCUCUGUUGCUUGCUUGUUCCGUUCCCACUUCAGUUACUUUACUUUUUACUUACCUUACGAAGUUCGCAGAGAGUCCACGAGUCGACGCUCCGGAUCAACGCUAGCGUGCGCGCAGACGGUUUACGCGGCAGACGUUCUUCCUCUCGGACCCGAAUCCGCCCCGUGUGUCCCUGUCUUCUCCGCUCUUCGCCGCGAGAGAUCUGACCCACCCCUCGACAACGCCAAUCCUUCCCGAUCGGGCGUCCGUUCCGGCGACGUACCGACAAUACCGCUUGGACGCGGUGCACGUUUUACGCGACGCACGUGCGCUAGCGUUUUCCGUCGAUUCUCGCGCGGCCGACGAACAGUCGCUCAGGAAACACUUGUACAAAUAUUUAUACGGUUCCGGUGCGCGUUCGUCGCGCAGCCACGCCGUCGACAAGCGGUUAACGCGCGAAAACCGUGGCCCAGCAUUUUACGCGCGCGCCGAAACGGAGACGGACGCGUGCGCUGCCCGCCGACCGAACGAAAUCAUUUUUGUAAAUACCUGUGUGUCUUAGUCGUUAAGGAAUAAUUGUUACGAGCACAACGUACGUUUGUGCAGACAUUGAAAUAUUUUGUAAGCGCAUAUAUAUUUAUUACAAUACUAUAUAAUAUUAUACUGAUUACGCAGGCCGUAUUAAAACCGUGUGUUGAUUACAAUAAAAGUAUAUUUCCUGAAACGA